GUUUUACGUGGAACAUCCUGUAUUAAUGUAAUAAUAUCCUUAUCUAAUAUGUUUACACUUCAGCACCGGUUCAACCGUAGCACAUAUGCAAUCAUACAAAUGUUGUUAAAUAUAUCUCAAUGAAAAUGUUGAAAGGUUAUAUCACGGUUUUGUGCUUUUUAGGAAUAAAAUGCGCUGUCACUACUGUAAGUGAUCACCCGCAAGUUGAGACGAAACUUGGAAAGGUUGAAGGAACAUGGCGAACAUCAUUCGACGGCAGAAAAUACGCGGCUUUCGAAGGCGUUCCUUACGCUAAACCUCCAACAGGCGACCGGAGAUUCAAAGAGCCUCAGCCGAUUGAAUCGUGGAAAGGCGUUUGGAACGCCACAAGGAUCUAUGUUUGCCCACAAAGUACUACGGAUUUUAGCGAUAAUGUUCAAGGCGAAGAGGACUGCUUGUACAUGAACGUGUACGUUCCAAAAAUCGGAAGUAAACAACUGUUGGAUGUGGUAGCUCACAUUCACGGUGGAUUCUUUAUGACUGGAUAUUCCCAGAAGGGCAUUGGCGAUAAAUAUAUCAUGGGCAAAGACAUCGUUGUGGUCAGUUUUAACUACAGAUUGGGCGCUCUAGGAUUCCUCAGUACUGAAGAUGAUGUAGUGCCAGGCAACAACGGAUUGAAAGAUCAAGCUCUUGCUCUAAAAUGGAUCCAAGAAAACAUAGAGGCAUUUGGAGGCAAUCGACAAUCUGUAACAUUGACGGGAUGCUCAGCUGGAGGUGUCUCAGUACACAUGCAUUAUCUGUCACCGUACAGCAAAGGCUUGUUCCAUAGGGGAAUCUCACACAGUGGAACAGCCAUAGCCAGUAAGGUGAUACAACACAGUCCAUUAGAAACUGCCAGAACCCUAGCCCAAAAUGUUGGCUGCAAUUUCACGUCCACAAAAAUGAUGGUGGAUUGCUUGAGAACGCGUCCCGCGUCUCUACUGGUGGAUAAGACGAAACAGUGUUUGCAACCUUUCAAACAUUUCCCUUGUUGCCCCUUCGCGCCUGUCAUUGAAAAAAGCGGGAAGAAACCGUUCCUUGCCGAUCACCCUUACAAACUGCUCAAGAAAGGAAAAGUCCAAGAUUUGCCGUGGAUUACGUCUGUUGUAGCUGAUGAUGGACUUGUAUUUAGCAUAUUCAUCCGUAAAAGUAUGGAUGAGAUCAACGAAAAAUGGAAUGACUUUUCUGGUCGUCAUAUCGUACAUUACUAUGAUUCGUACCCGCAAGUUUUGGAUAAAAUCAAGAAACAUUACGCCGCUUUGGACGACGAUGAUAAUACCCUCACUGCUGAUGAACUAACUCAGAUGGCAACUGAUAGAGCGUAUUUGGUACCAAUGCAAACAGCAGCAAAAUUACAAUCCAGCAUAACAAACUCACCGGUGUACGUAUAUCAGUUCAACUAUGAGGGCGAAAACAGCGUCAAACAUAUCAUGGCACCAAACGAAGAAGUGAAAGGAGUAUGCCAUGGGGACGAUAUGAUCUACUUUAUGGGAGGAGCCAUAGUUAAGCCACUCUCAGAAAAAGACAUCAGAAUGAAAAAUAUAUGUAUGGAUAUUCUCCAGUCUUAUGCUAGCAAAGGUGUUCCAAGCAUCAACAAUAGUGGAUGGGAGCCGAUGAAGAAAGACUUUGUGUAUUAUGCUAUUAACAGUCCAGACGAUAUCCAAAAACGUAUUGAGAAGGACUUCGAUUCAAAAAAGUUCUGGGAUAGCUUAGGACUCUUAGAAAACGAGAAUUCGGUUACUAAACAUGAUGAAUUGUAAAUAAAACAUUGUCGUAAUAUUGCCCGUUACUUUGCACCACACCGACAAGAUAUGUUCAGCAUGCGUGGUUGACAUCAAACCUUAUCUUAAGAGUUUUAUUCUGUAUGUCCCAGUAUAGACCUCAGAUAGGCGUCAUAUUCACGUCAUAUCGACUUUGUAUUUGGCCUUUUAUACGACAUACUAUGACGUCAUAUAAUGACGUCAAUUGCUUGUGACAUAAGACCGGCAUUUUUACGUCACAACAUUCCCAAAGGCGAGAUUGUACAGGUCUGUAUUUUCCUCAAUGGUCUUGGAAUAAUCUAACAAAAUAAAUGAUUAUUUUUAUAGAAAGCAGUGCACAUACUUUUCAUCCCACAUC